AUGGAUCAAGCGCAAUAUGAUCAGCUCAAGGAUAGCUGGGCCGAUGUAGAGGACCGCGAUGGCGUCCGGCUCAGCUGGAAUGUCAUCGCCUCAUCGAAGAUGGAGGCCAACCGCCUUGUUGUUCCCAUCAGUGCCCUCCUCACGCCUCUGAAGGAGCUCGGCAAGCCACUCUUGCAAUAUGAGCCUGUAGUAUGCAAGCCGCCCUGUCGAGCCGUCCUCAACCCCUUCUCCAAUGUCGACGUUCGUGCGAAGAUAUGGAUAUGCCCCUUCUGCUUGCAGCGAAACGCCCUCCCGCGCCACUACGCCGACAUUAGCGCUGAGAACGUACCCCCCGAGAUGCACAGCAUGAACACAACGGUUGAAUACCAGCUUGCAAGACCAGCUCCGGCUCCACCGAUCUUUCUCUUCGUAGUCGACACAUGUCAAGAGCAGGAGUCGCUCCAGGCCCUGAAGGACACACUCGUCAUGAGUCUCUCCCUUCUUCCUCCGAACGCACUAGUCGGCCUCGUUACCUACGGUACAAAUGUGGCCGUGCAUGAGAUUGGCUAUGGGGAAUGCCAGAAGGCUUAUGUCUUCCGUGGCAGCAAAGAGUAUGCUCCAAAACAAAUUCAAGAAAUGCUCGGUCUCUCUGCGCCUGGCCUCAGACCCAAUCAGCCUCCCCAGCAAGGCCGGCCCCCGCCACCACAGGGUGCUGCUUCAAGAUUCCUUCUGCCGGUCCAGCAAGCGGAAUUUCAGAUCACCAACGCUCUAGAGCAGAUGCAGAAGGACCCGUGGCCUGUCGCCAAUGACAAGCGUGCACUGAGAUGUACUGGAGUCGCGGUGAAUGUUGCCGUUGGUCUCCUGGAAACCAGCUUCCAGAACUCCGGUGCUCGGAUCAUGCUCUUCGCCGGUGGUCCUGCAACCGAAGGACCUGGUAUGGUGGUUGGCCCCGAGCUCCGUGAGCCCAUCCGAUCGCACCACGACAUCGAUCGUGACAACGUCAAACACUUCAAGAAAGCGCUAAAGUACUACGAUAAUUUGUCGAAGCGUACAGCCCACAAUGGCCACAUCAUUGAUAUCUUUGCUGGAUGUCUGGAUCAGGUGGGAUUGCUCGAGAUGAAAGGCCUGGCGAAUGCCACUGGUGGGCAUAUGAUCCUCACCGACAGCUUCACCUCCUCUCAAUUCAAACAAUCCUUCGUUCGCGUUUUCGAGAAGGACGACAAUGACAACCUCCUGAUGGGUUUCAACGCAUCGCUAGAAGCCAUCACUACCAAAGAGUUGAAGGUUACUGGUCUUAUCGGUCAUGCUGUUUCGUUGAAUAAAAAGUCCAGCUGUGUGGGCGAGACCGAAUGCGGUAUCGGCGGCACAUCAUCCUGGAAGAUGUGUGGCAUCGAUCCUACAUCAAGCUACGGCGUCUAUUUCGAAGUAGCUGGUCAAGGUGGGCCCACGCCCGUACAACAGGGCCCCCAGCGAGGCAUGAUGCAAUUCCUCACCUACUAUCAGCACUCGUCUGGCCAAUACCACUUGCGAGUCACGACUGUUGCUCGUAAUCUGAGUGGCCCAGCUGGCGACCCGGCUCUCGCACAGUCGUUUGACCAGGAAGCUGCGGCUGUGUUGAUGGCCAGAAUAGCUGUCUUCAAGGCUGAGGUCGAUGAGGGCCCAGACGUUCUCAGAUGGGUCGAUCGCAUGCUCAUUCGGCUCUGCACGCGAUUCGCUGACUACCGAAAAGACGAUCCUACCUCUUUCCGCCUCGACAAGAACUUUACCCUUUAUCCUCAGUUCAUGUUCCAUCUACGCAGGUCACAGUUCUUGCAGGUCUUCAACAACUCCCCCGACGAGACAGCCUUCUACCGCCACGUUCUAAACCAUGAGUAUGUUGGCGAUUCGCUGAUCAUGAUUCAGCCUACGCUAGACUCGUACGCCUUGGAUCAGGAAGGUGGUCAGCCCGUUCUGCUGGACUCGGCGUCUAUCCAGCCUCAAACCGUCCUUCUGCUCGACACUUUCUUCCAGAUCCUUAUCUUCCAUGGCGAGACGAUGGCUGAAUGGCGCAAGGCUGGCUACCAUGAACAAGAAGGCUACGAGAACUUCAAAACUGUGCUUGAUGCACCAAAGGAAGAUGCCCGAGAACUUGUUCAAGAUCGUUUCCCACUACCUAGAUUCAUCAUCUGUGAUGCUGGUGGCUCACAAGCUCGUUUCUUGCUGUCGAAACUAAACCCCUCGACCACCCAUGCCAACAGUGGUGCCUAUGGCGGCGUUUCACAGACCGCUCAAACCAUUUUCACUGAUGAUGUUUCGUUACAGACGUUUAUGGACCACUUGAUGAAGUAA